GCCGCAUGGGAAACAGGAUUUGGCUCCGCCGCCGUCGCCAGCCACGGCCCCUUGGCCCCUUUCCUUUCCCUGCUCCAGAGAACCCUUCCCACAGCCAUCGGCCGCGGGGCUGCAGCGAGGGGAUGGGGAUGCCGCCGCCCGGGCGGGCUGGGGCGUGAGGCACUCUGAGCCUUGGACAAAAAGCWGGGUCGGGACACCUCCUGCCCGGGCUGGGGGCUCAGCAUGGCUCAGKACCCCCUGAGCAUGAAGCCCUAGCCCUGGAGGAGUGGGUGGGUGCCUUUCCCUGCAUGAGCAGCCACCAGGCAGGGGACCCCAGUGACCACUCGGCCAGCAAGCCCUGCUCCUGAGCCAGCAGGAACGGGGGCAUCUCUCUGUCUGUGCCCAGGCUAUGCACCAGAGGAGGUGGUCCCGGCUGCCCUGGAAGUCAAGCAGCAGCAUGGAGAAGAGAUGGAGGGCGCAGGCAGCGAGCAGGGGUCCUGAGCUGCCGCUCACGUGGAGCUUCUAGGCAGCCACAGCCUCCAGCUCUGAUCCCCRUAGCCGGGAAAUGCGGGGGAUUUUCUGACCUCUGCCAGAUUUGGAACAAGCUCCAAGGACAUGGGACUCCAGGUUUAUCUCCUACUUCUCUUCCCACGCCUGGCAGGGGCCAUCCUGGACAUCACCUUGAUCGCCAACGUGCAGAGCCUGUCCCACUCCGACUUCUUCCUCUCCUGCAUCGUGGGCGAGCGCGAUGUCAGCUACCUGCAGAUCGAGCGGGAAAACAAGAUCGUGAUGACRCACCCCAAAAUGGGCUUCCAAAACUACCGCAACCACAACAACCAAGUCCAGGCCAGGGGCUUCUCCAAGGCUGACCUGGUGGGGAUCCUCUACUGCCUGGCACGCACCCCGACAGAGCAGGCCCAGGUGGUCUAUGUGCACAACAGCCACAAUGCCCACCUCUUCCCGGUGAAGGCCACACAGUCUGUGAAUGUUGCCGAGGCAGCCACCUUCUCUGCCAGGAUCCUCAAGAGGAAGGAGACAGAUGUUAUGUGGAAAAGAAAUGGCACCUACUACCAGACCACGGACCGGGGGGAGGUACAGAAUGACCAUGUCACCCUGACACUCCCCAAUGUCAGUGUCAAUGAAAAUGGCGUCUACAGUGCCACGUUUAUGGGGGACAGCCCUCUGUGGAGUGCCUUCUACCGCCUCAUCGUGAGAGCCUGCCCUGCAAAGAAAUGGGGACCAUCCUGUGAGAAGGACUGUCCUGACUGUCUGAAUGGUGGCAUCUGCCAUGACCACGUUGGCGAAUGCAUCUGCCCUCCAGGGUUCAUGGGCACCCGCUGCGAGAGAGCCUGYCAGGAAGGCCAGUUUGGUCGCAACUGCCAGGAGACGUGCCAGGGAGCCCAAGGCUGCCAGGGGCUGAGCUUCUGCCUGYUGGACCCCUAUGGCUGCUCCUGUGCCUCGGGCUGGAGUGGCUCCCGCUGUGACCAAGCCUGUCCCCCAGGAUUCUAUGGCCCCGACUGUGCCCUGGAGUGCACCUGCCAAAAUGGAGGCAGCUGUAACCGCUUCAGUGGCUGUGUCUGUCCCGCAGGCUGGCAUGGGCAGCACUGUGAGAAGUCAGAACGGUUCCCCCAGAUCAUCCAACUGGCCUCAGAGCUGGAAUUCAAUGUGGGCUCAGAGCCCAUCGUCAGCUGCGUGGCCAUUGGCAACCCGCUGCCCACCAGGAACAGUGUGGAGCUGCGCAAGGCUGAUGGCACUGUGCUCAAGCUCAUCAAAACCAUCAUCGAGCCGAAGCAGAUCACCUGCGAGUUCGAGGUGCGGCACCUGACAAAGGCAGACACGGGGCUCUGGGAGUGCCGGGUCUCCACCACCGGGGGCCAGGAUAGCCGGAAAGUCAAGGUCAAUAUCCGAGUGCCACCAGUGCCCCUGAGCCCGCCUCGGCUCUUGGCCAAGCAGAGUCGCCAGCUUGUGGUGUCGCCCGUGGACUGCUUCUCUGGUGAUGGACCUAUCACCUCCAUCAAGCUCUUCUACAAGCCCAAGGAUGACAAUUCGGCGUGGUCAUCCAUUGUGGUUGACAACAGUGAGAACAUCACCCUCAUGAACCUCCGCCCAGUGACUGCCUACAUCGUCAAGGUGCAGCUGAGCCGGCCAGGGGCUGCUGGGGAGGGCAGCAAAGGGCCCGAAGCCAUCAUGGUGACCGACUGCCUUGAGCCCACAGUCAAGCCUGUGAUUGAAGGCUGGUCGAUAGAAGAGAAAAACAUGCUUCAUGUCAACUGGAAGUUGCCAAGUAACCACGAGCCAGCACAUGGGUUCAUUGUUCGCCUCUUUGACUCUGCAAGGCGGCUGGUCUCUGAGAAGAACAUCACCUCCAUCUCGGUGCUCUCUGCCCGCAUUGGGGGCCUGGAGUUUAACAAGGAAUACAGGCUGGAGGUGCUGGUGUACCACUGCACCAGCCUGGGGCCACCCUCUGACCCCUACAAGGUCAUGAUCAACAGCAAAGGGCCGUCCUCCCCGCAGUCGCUCUCAGCAGAGCCUGUGUCAGACACUGCUGUCAGGCUGUCCUGGCAGGUGCCCGAGUACCCCAACGGGGGCAUCACCAAAUACAUCGUGGAGCUGCAGCAGGUGGGGGGCACCAGUGAACCCCAGUGGAUCGACACCGAUAGCGGCGCCGAGACCACCAAGAUUGUUGGGGGCCUCAACGCCAGCACCAGCUACCAGUUUCGUGUCCGCGCCAACUCCCAUGUCCCAGGGGAAUGGAGCCAGCCUGUGAAAGCCAGGACCCUGGGGGACGGAGCGCUGAGYGUGCCGCCCAGCCUGGGCAGUCAGAGCACUGAGCAGGCAGGAACAGACCAGCAGCUGCUCUUGGCCAUUGUUGGCUCUGUGUCCGUCACUUGCUUCACCAUCCUCUUUGCUCUCCUGGCACUUUUCCUCAUCAAGAAGAACUUUUUCCACCGGCGCCGCACCUUUACGUACCAGUCUGGCUCGGGGGAAGAGACCAUCCUGCAGUUCAACUCGGGGACCCUGACCCUGACCCGCCGCCCCAAGCCACAGCCUGAGCCCCUCAGCUACCCCAUCCUGGAGUGGGAAGACAUCAAAUUUGAGGACAUGAUCGGGGAGGGCAACUUCGGGCAGGUAAUCAGGGCCAUGAUCAAAAAGGACGGCCUGAAAAUGAAUGCGGCUAUCAAGAUGCUGAAAGAGUUUGCUUCAGAGAAUGACCACCGUGACUUUGCUGGGGAGCUGGAGGUGCUGUGCAAACUGGGCCAUCACCCCAACAUCAUCAACUUGCUGGGUGCCUGCGAGAACAAGGGCUACCUGUACAUCGCCAUUGAGUACGCUCCAUAUGGAAACCUCCUUGACUUCCUCCGCAAAAGCCGAGUCUUGGAGACAGACCCAGCCUUUGCCAAGGAGCAUGGCACUGCCUCCACCCUCACAUCCCAGCAGCUCCUCCAGUUUGCUUCAGAUGUGGCCAAGGGGAUGCAGUACCUGAGUGAGAAGCAGUUCAUUCACAGGGACCUGGCAGCAAGAAACAUUCUGGUGGGAGAAAACCUGGCCUCCAAAAUUGCCGACUUUGGCCUCUCCAGAGGGGAGGAGGUCUAUGUGAAGAAGACAAUGGGCCGUUUGCCGGUUCGCUGGAUGGCCAUCGAGUCCCUCAACUACAGCGUGUACACCACCAAGAGCGAUGUGUGGUCAUUYGGUGUCCUGCUCUGGGAGAUCGUCAGCUUGGGGGGGACACCAUACUGYGGGAUGACAUGUGCCGAGCUCUAUGAGAAGCUGCCGCAGGGAUACCGCAUGGAGAAGCCGCGCAACUGCGAUGACGAGGUGUACGAGCUGAUGCGGCAGUGCUGGCGCGACCGCCCCUACGAGCGCCCUCCCUUCGCCCAGAUCUCCAUGCAGCUCAUCCGCAUGCUGGAGGCCAGGAAGGCCUAUGUGAACAUGGCCCUGUUUGAGAACUUCACCUACGCAGGGAUUGAUGCCACUGCCGAGGAGGCAUGAGGCUGUGCUGGCACCGCUCAGAGGGGCAAUGCUGGCCCCAGCCUGCUGGAACAGUGCUGUGGGGACAAGAGGCUGCUCAUCCUGCUCCAGGGCCAAGCAGCCAUGCCGGUGCCCCUUCCCAAAAGUGCCUUCCCCGCAGCAGGACAGUGCCUUCCCCUUCCUGGCAUGGUGCCACUCACCGACGGCACCACACUGCUGGAGGAUAUGCUGGGAUGGCCCCCAAGGACAAGCAGCAGCAGGGUGUUUGCAGCACAGCAGACAGGAGAGGGCCUCCCACAGGAGCCAGGGCCCUGUCUAAGCCCACGGACAAMAAUGCUCAAGCUCUGGGGCAGGAGGAGGAAACAGCAACACAGUAGCUGCCUGCCCCUCUAGCUCUCAGCGUGCUCUGGGCCUGAAGCAGUGCCAGGGGGCUGUGAGCAGCGCUGCCAGCAUAGGAUGGGGCCACCUCAGCACAUGCCAAGGGACAGUGUUGGCUCUACACGGCCUCCAGCUCUGCAGCAGCCCUUCGGAGGUGUCAGCUCUGCCUUAAGGACAAUAAAGAUCAUGCAACAGCCGGGUCCAGAGAGUGUUGAUGGGGAGCCAGCUCUGCCCUGCUGACAGCACUGGGGAACAGGAUGUGGGGGGCCAGUGAUCUGCUGCUGUAGUGGACACUCCUCAAAAUCCUGUUCUCCAGGAGCCUCAGGAAUGUCCCAGCAUCCCCAGACAAGUCCCAGGUCUCAUCAUGCCAUGGAGAUGGAUUUUCUUAGGAUCCAACUGGGAUCUCCUCCCACACACACAAUUUAAGACUUGGUUCCAUCCCCAAAGGGAUAUGGAGAACAGACUAUGUCCUUCUUCUGCACAGCUGCCUCUUGCAUGCUUGAAAAUCGUUCCUUCCCCUUGGUUGGCUGCUCUUCACAGGGAUGGCCCUGCUCCUCCUGCUGGGUCCUGUGGAGAUGGGCAGCUCCACACCCUUCCCACCCUGGCCAGCUGGCACCUCCCAGCACUGUGCCAAGCCAUCAGGUAGCUUCCCACAUCUGGCAAAGUGACGGCUGUGUUUGACCAGCCUGCUCCAAUGUGUGCUGCCAGGCUGAUCCUCACGUUCCCACCCCUAAAGGGUCACCUGGGCUCUGCACUGACACUCUGGCAGGAGCUCCUGUCCCAGGCUUUGGUUCCUCACCUGCACUGCUGCUGUUUGUUACCCUGACACUGGCUGGGCUUUCCCUCUGCUGGCUUCAGCUGGCUCAGCCCUGAACAUGCCAUCCAGCUGCCUGUCCAUCCAUCUUCUGCAGUCCCAUAAGCAGCAAGAGCAGCUCCUGCAGAGCCUGGUAUCCCAGCCAGAGACAGGGGCAUUUGCAUUGUCCUUCUGAGGGCAAGAGUCUUUUAUCCCUGGAAUAUCUUUGAACCCUGAAAAUUUCAUUCUGAUUUUCCAUUCUGGCCUCCAGUGCUCUUUGGCAUUAACUGCAGCUUAGCAACCAGCCUCUCUGUCCCAUCCCUGAGGUCCCAGUGAACCAGUGGUGGGGACUGGCCCUCACAAACAGCCUGACAUGUGCCACCACCUCUGCACCUCCUCUGCUCCCAGCUGGGAAYGGUGUCUAGAGUAGUCACCAGUCCUGCUCACACCAAGUGCUUUCUGCUUUUUAAGACAAAAUUUGUGUGUGGUUGAGGCUGGCUGCUCUUGUAGCCCUCGGUGUCUCUGCUGCUAUCCCCAGCUGCUGGGCAUGA